GUUUCUUCUCUCUUCGCCAUAUCAUCAGAAGUCAGUACAGAUCUGAGUAAAAUCAAAGCUUAUGUUCUGUCCUCUCUGUGGUCAAUACUUUCUCCGCAAAAGAAAUUAAAGAUACAAACUUUAAAAACCCUUUACCCUUCUCUCCCUCCUACAUCAGCAAACCCUAACUUCGGUGCCCCCAACAAGAAACACGAGAAUCAAUGGCAAUGGCUGCUCAAAAGUUCUGGGAGAAUCAAGAAGAUCGAGCGAUGGUGGAAUCCACCAUAGGCUCAGAAGCUUGCGACUUUUUCAUCUCAUCUGCUUCUUCCUCUUCAUCAAACACUUCCCUCACCAAGCUUGUCCCUCCUCCAACUGAUCCUAAUCUCCAACAAGGCCUACGUCACGUCGUCGAAGGCUCCGAUUGGGACUACGCUCUCUUCUGGCUAGCUUCCAACGUCAACAGCUCCGAUGGUUGUGUCCUGAUCUGGGGAGACGGUCAUUACCGUGCCCAAAAGGGAAACUCAGGAGGAGGAGAAGAAGAUGAGACCAAGAGGCGUGUGCUUCGCAAGCUUCACUUGUCCUUUGUCGGUUCGGAUGAAGAUCCUCGUCUGGGGAAACAGGGAGUUCUUACUGAUCUCGACAUGUUUUAUCUUGCUUCUUUGUACUUUUCGUUUAGGUGUGAUUCGAGUAAGUACGGUCCUGCUGGAACUUAUGUGUCUGGGAAGCCGUUAUGGGCUGCGGAUUUGCCUAGCUGUUUGAGUUACUACAGGGUUAGGUCCUUUUUAGCUAGAUCUGCUGGUUUCAAGACUGUCUUGUCUGUACCAGUGAACUGUGGUGUUGUGGAGCUUGGUUCCUUGAAACUGAUUCCGGAGGAUAAGAGUGUGAUUGAGAUGGUGAAAUCAGUGUUUGGUGGAUCUGACUUUGUUCAGGCUAAAGAAGCUACCAAGAUCUUUGGUAGACAGCUGAGUCUCGGCGGGUCGAAACCACGGUCAAUGAGUAUAAACUUCUCACCUAAGAUGGAGGAUGACUCUGGUUUCUCCUUGGACGCAUAUGAGGUUGGAGGUUCGAAUCAAGUGUAUGGUUAUGAGCAAGGGAAAGACGAGGCGGCGUUGUAUCUAACUGACGAGCAGAAGCCGAGGAAGAGAGGGAGGAAGCCAGCAAACGGGAGAGAAGAGGCCUUGAACCAUGUUGAAGCGGAGAGGCAGAGGAGGGAGAAGCUGAACCAGAGAUUCUACGCGUUGAGAGCUGUGGUGCCUAACAUCUCCAAGAUGGAUAAGGCUUCUCUCCUUGCGGAUGCAAUCACUUACAUCACUGAUAUGCAGAAGAAGAUAAGGGUGUAUGAGACGGAGAAGCAGAUAAUGAAGAGGAGGGAGAGUAAUCAGAUCACUCCAGCAGAUGUUGAUUAUCAACAGAGGCAUGAUGACGCUGUGGUGAGGGUAAGCUGUCCGUUGGAGACUCAUCCAGUUUCUAAGGCGAUACAGACAUUUAGGGAAAAUGAAGUUACGCCUCAUGAUACGAACGUGGCUGUAAGUGAGGAAGGUGUGGUUCAUACAUUCACUAUCCGGCCUCAGAGUGGCUGCACCGCUGAGCAGUUGAAGGACAAGCUCCUCGCCUCUCUUUCACAGUAGUAAUUUGCUAUGUUAAAGUGUAAUAGUGUGUUAUUGGGGUUGUAUCAAUGUACUACUAUUACUAGCCAACCAAAACAAACUCUGGCUUAAUAGGAGCGUGUAAUUGUUACUUUUAUAUCAUGUUGAGAUUUGUCUUUACAUAUAACACUGAGCAGGGAGCUUCUCUCACUCAUCUCCCAUAAUAAAUACACAAGCUGUUUGCUU